GCGACAUACAGCAAGACGUUGGACAAUGCCCGCCUGUCACGAUCGAGAGUACAACGCAAUUAAGGGACACUCUUAAUGAUGAAUGUGGCUAAACCCGUCUGAAUUAAUUUCCACUUAAAUAAAGUGACCCCAGAUCUGAUGUUAAUUUUCUGAAAUUACCCUAUCGCGGCGCGCCGCUAUCGUACAAUAUGGCUGCCCGCCUUAAUAAUAAAUUCAGAGAUCCGGGAAGUUAGUCAGUUUUCCCUUGGAGAAGCAAAUGAAUCUACAGUCGGAAAGUAUCAACUGCUGCUUUAAUUUCCAGCUCGGAAGUCUAAACAAGUGAGAGCUAGACGUAGUACAUGGACGUGACGAAUAGAUUAUCUGCAAUACAGAAUUCAGUGCUGUGCUUCGCAGACGUUAGUUACGAUGCCAGUUUCGCACAUUUCGGGGAGGACACCUGCCAAGAGUAAUGACAUGAUGUGACAAUGACAGCGGCUCGUGAGAGUUACUUAGCCGCGUGCAAUCAAAUCUAGCAUUAGCUAACGUUUGUUUUGGCGGCUAGACCGAAGGCACACUUGCGGGAUGCCAGAAUAGGUGAAUCGUGUCUUUUUGCAUUGAGAAGUGCAACAUUUUCUGCAGGAAAUUCGUCCUUUGCUUCCCGUGACGCUUUUUGUUCGAUCCAUAUCGAUUACAGCUGGGAGAAAAGGCAGUCUGAAAAUGUCAUAGCUAAUCGAAAGAAAUACACAACGGACUAAUCGUGCAGGAGCUAGCUGUAUUAGCUAGCUGAUCUUAGACCAGAAACGAUGGCUAGCUAGUAACGAACUUCGUGGCUAGCUAACGUGUAGUCAAAUUGACGUUCAUCUUUCAGCAGUAGAGCAAGCUAUCUUAAAAAGCCGUAGUUUGCGCAAGCUAAGUUGUGAAGUUCGCAAACGUUAAAGCAUUUUAAAUGGUCUGUAACUUUGAUCUCAGAAGUCAGCUAAUCGGAGCAAUAGCCAAGAAACUCUAGAAUUGAUUAUGUUACCUUCUUACGCUCGCUACUGGCAAGAAUAUUCUGUUGAGAAUGCAAGCAAAAUCUAUCAUAUCUUGCCUUGCUUGACUGGCGUCGGUCCUCAUUGAGGAACAUCUUAAAAUGUUGUUGGUUCGUUUUUCCAAUUCUUGCUUGAUGUUGCAGGCUGGUUAGUUCGAAUAGCCUGCUAACAGUUUAUGAUUACGUUUGUCUAGACUAAGCUAAAGCAUUCUGAUAAAGAUAUCCAGCGUUAGCUGUUGCUAUUAACAAUGCAAUUUAACUUUAGUUUAUUCGCUAGUUAGCUAGCUCGCUAGCUUUCUAGCGUUGGCAGACAGAAUAGCCUAGACGAACCGCUUUCUUCAACAAAACUUCAGUAACAUUAGAUCUGUUAGACGUUAGUUUAAACCACAAAUUGGAAACAUGAAGAGGACCGAAAAUAAAAUCAAACGAAAAUUCUGCAAUUCGGAUCAGCAGGGAAGCGGGACCGAAGAAAAAGAAGCGAAGGAGUUCGCCGCGCCCCCUCCCCUGCUCUUCCGGAAGCUGAGUAACCCGGACCUGUCCCCCUCGGCCGGGAAGACCAAACUGCAGCGGCAGCUGAGCCAGGAUGACACGCGCGCCCGCCGCAGCAGCAUGGCCUGCGGACUGACCGGGAAGCAGCUCCUGCCCCUGUCCAGCAGCAUGCACGGCGGCGUCAGCCAGCUGGCCUGGCAACAGCCCGGGGAGCCCAACAACAUGGUGCGCAUGAGGAACCAGUCCCUCGGCCAAUCAGCACCCUCGCUCACCGCAGGCCUGAAGGAGCUGAGCCUUCCAAGAAGAGGCAGUUUCUGCCGAACCAGCAACAGGAAGAGUCUGAUUGUGACGUCCAGCACCUCCCCCACCCUGCCCCGCCCGCACUCACCACUGCACGGUCACCCAGUGAGCAGCCCGCUGGACAGCCCCCGAAACUUCUCCCCCAGCGCCGCAGCCCACUUCUCCUUCGUCCCCGCCCGCAGUCACGGGCACAGGGCAGACAGGACUGAUGGCCGGCGCUGGUCCUUGGCCUCCCUGCCCUCCUCUGGAUAUGGCACCAACACGCCCAGCUCCACAGUCUCGUCAUCAUGUUCAUCCCAGGAGAAGCUGCACCAGCUGCCGUUCCAGCCCACGGCCGACGAGCUGCACUUCCUCACCAAGCACUUCAGCUCCGAGAGCAUCACGGACGAGGAGGGCCGCCGCUCGCCCGCCAUGCGCCCGCGCUCCCGCAGCCUCAGCCCCGGCCGCUCGCCCAUCUCCUUCGACCACGAGAUCGUCAUGAUGAACCAUGUCUACAAAGAGCGCUUCCCCAAGGCGACGGCUCAGAUGGAGGAGCGCCUGGCGGACUUCCUGGCCUCCUCCAUGCCGGAGAAGGUGAUGCCGCUGGCCGACGGGGUGCUGAGCUUCAUCCACCACCAGGUGAUCGAGCUGUCCCGCGACUGCCUGGACAAGUCCCGCGAGGGCCUCAUCACCUCCCGCUACUUCUACGAGCUGCAGGAGAACCUGGAGAAGCUGCUGCAGGACGCUCACGAGCGGUCGGAGAGCGCGGAGGUGGCCUUCGUCACCCAGCUGGUGAGGAAGCUGAUGAUCGUCAUCGCUCGGCCCGCGCGGCUGCUGGAGUGCCUGGAGUUCGACCCGGAGGAGUUCUACCACCUGCUGGAAGCCGCGGAGGGCCAUGCCAAAGAGGGCCAGGGCAUCAAGUCGGACAUCCCGCGCUACAUCAUCAGCCAGCUGGGGCUCACGCGGGAUCCCCUGGAGGAAAUGGCCCAGCUGAGCAGCUACGACAGCGGCAACCCAGACACCCCGGAAACAGACGACUCUGUGGAUAGUCGCGGUGCCACAGUGCAGCCCACCCAGCCCAAGCCCAAGACCCCGCGGGAGGAGGACUUUGAGAACAUCAAGCUGAUCAGCAACGGGGCCUACGGGGCGGUGUUCCUGGUGCGCCACAAGGAGACCCGGCAGCGCUUCGCCAUGAAGAAGAUCAACAAGCAGAACCUGAUCCUGAGGAACCAGAUCCAGCAGGCCUUCGUGGAGCGCGACAUCCUCACCUUCGCCGAGAACCCCUUCGUGGUCAGCAUGUUCUGCUCCUUCGAGACGCGCCGCCACCUCUGCAUGGUCAUGGAGUACGUGGAAGGUGGAGACUGUGCCACUCUUCUGAAGAACAUCAGGGCCCUGCCUCUGGAGUUGGCACGCAUGUACUUCGCUGAGACAGUCCUGGCUCUGGAGUACCUGCACAACUAUGGCAUCGUUCACAGAGACCUCAAACCUGACAAUCUUCUGAUCACCUCGAUGGGACACAUCAAGCUGACAGAUUUCGGGCUCUCUAAGAUCGGGCUGAUGAGCCUGACUACCAACCUGUACGAGGGGCACAUCGAGAAGGACACGCGCGAGUUCCUGGACAAGCAGGUGUGCGGCACGCCGGAGUACAUCGCCCCGGAGGUGAUCCUGCGGCAGGGCUACGGCAAGCCGGUGGACUGGUGGGCCAUGGGGGUCAUCCUGUACGAGUUCCUGGUGGGCUGCGCGCCCUUCUUUGGGGACACGCCCGAGGAGCUCUUCGGACAGGUCAUCAGCGACGAGAUCAUCUGGCCCGAGGAGGAGGAGGCGCUGCCCCUCGACGCCCAGGACCUCAUCUCCAAACUGCUGCGGCAGAACCCACUGGAGCGUCUCGGAACCGGCAGCGCCUUCGAGGUGAAGCAGCACCGCUUCUUCACAGACCUGGACUGGAACAGCCUGCUGAGGCAGAAGGCCGAGUUCAUCCCCCAGCUGGAGUCCGAGGACGACACCAGCUACUUCGACACUCGCUCAGACCGGUACCCUCAUGUGGACUCUGAGGAAGAGGAGGACACCAAUGAUGACGAGCAUGUGGAGAUCCGCCAGUUCUCCUCCUGCUCCCCAAGAUUCAGCAAGGUGUACAGCAGCAUGGAGCGCCUGUCGCUGCACGAGGAGAAGCGGACGCCCCCGCCGACCAAGCGCAGCCUGAGCGAGGAGGGCGGAGACCGCAUCGACAGCCUCAGCGGCCUCCGGUCACGUGACCGCAGCUGGAUGGUGGGCUCGCCCGAAAUCCUGCGGAAGCGUCUCUCGGUGUCUGAGUCGUCGCACACGGAGAGCGACUCCAGCCCCCCCCUGACGGUGCGGCGGCGCUGCUGCUCGGCCAUCAUCGAGAUGCCCCGCUUCGCCAUCUCCGCCGAGGAGGAGGGCGGCGGCGGCAGCCGGAAGAGCCCCGCCCUGCUGCCCCAGCCCGCCGCCCGCGGCCCCCGGGGCGAGGACCUGCCCCUGUCCAUCCCCGAGCUGCCCGUGGAGAGGGAGCUGAAGCUGGACGAGUCCCCCACCACGCCCGGCUCCACCAGCAGCCAGCUGAGCAGAGCCACGCUCACCCCGGGCAGCUCAGGGGACGUGUGGGAGCGCCCGUCCCCCCGCAGCGCCGACGGGGCGGACAGCUCCACCCCCAAGGCCAUCAGUGACCUGGCGGCCCGCCGCGCCCGCCACCGGCUGCUGUCAGGCGAGUCGGUGGAGAAGCACGCCUCCCGCCCCCUCAACAAGGUCAUCAAGUCGGCCUCGGCCACCGCGCUGUCGCUCAUGAUCCCCGCAGACCACCACGGCGCCUCCCCCCUGGCCAGCCCCAUGUCCCCCCACUCCCUCUCCUCCAACCCCUCCUCCAGGGACUCGUCCCCCAGCCGGGACCUGUCCCCCGCCAUCUGCAGCGCCAAGCCCGCCAUCGUCAUCCACCGCGCCGGCAAGAAGUACGGCUUCACCCUGCGGGCCAUCCGCGUCUACAUGGGGGACAGCGACGUCUACACCGUGCACCACAUGGUCUGGCACGUGGAGCAGGGCGGGCCUGCACACGAGGCGGGACUGAGGGAGGGCGACCUGAUCACCCACGUGAACGGGGAGCCAGUGCACGGCCUGGUGCACACCGAGGUGGUGGAGCUCAUCAUAAAGAGUGGCAGCAAGGUCUCCAUCUCGGCCACGCCCUUUGAGAACACCUCCAUCAAAGUGGGCCCCGCCAGGAAGUCCAGCUACAAGUCCAAAAUGGCGCGUCGCAACAAGAAGACCAAGACGAAGGAGGGCCAGGACUCCAGCAGUAAGAAGAGGAACUCUCUGUUCCGGAAGAUCACUAAGCAGGCCUCCCUUCUGCACACCAGCCGCAGCCUCUCCUCCCUCAACCGCUCGCUGUCCUCUGGAGAGAGUGUCCCUGGGUCCCCCACACACAACCUCUCCCCACGCUCCCCCACACAGGGCUACCGCUCCACCCCCGACUCCGCGCACUCCGUGGGCGGGAACUCGUCCCAGAGCAGCUCCCCCAGCUCCAGCGUGCCCAACUCGCCGGCCAGCUCCGGUCACAUCCGGCCCAGCUCCCUGCACGGCCUGGCGCCCAAGCUGCAGCGGCAGUACCGCUCACCCCGCCGCAAGUCCGCCGGCAACAUCCCGCUGUCGCCGCUGGCGCGCACGCCCUCGCCCACGCCGCAGAGCACCUCGCCGCAGCGCUCGCCCUCGCCGCUGCCCGGCCACGCCCUGCCCGGCCACGCCUUCCCCGUCAAGCUGCACUCCUCGCCGCCGCUGGCGCGGCAGAUCUCGCGGCCCAAGAGCGCCGAGCCGCCGCGCUCGCCGCUGCUCAAGCGCGUGCAGUCGGCCGAGAAGCUGGCGUCCUCGCUCUCCUCCUCCUCCUCCUCGCCCUCGCCCUCGUCCGCCGCCGACAAGAAGCUGCCCUCGGCGGCGGCGGCGGCGGCGCGCAAGCACAGCCUGGACGUGUCGCACGCCGAGUUCAAGAAGGAGAUGAUGCAGCGGGACCCCGGCCUGCAGAGCCUGCAGGAGUCGGCCAGCGAGGGGCCCCUGGGGGCCCUGGACAAGGCCGGCCUGCACAAGCACUCGUCCCGCAAGCUGGGCCGGCAGGAGGGGCCCGAGGGCGGCCCCGGGGCCCUGGGCCUGGCCUCGGGGAAGAGCAAGCUGAAGGACAAGCUGUCGGCCAUCCGGCAGGACCGGGCCGAGCGGCGCGAGUCGCUGCAGAAGCAGGACGCCAUCCACGAGGUGGACUCGUCCGAGGACGAGACGGACGAGGGCUCCGAGGACAGCCAGGACGGGCGGCGGCUGGGCGGGCGGGCCGAGGGCCGGCUCAAGGCCAAGGAGGAGGAGCCCUUCGUCCCCCCGCCCUCCGUGCUCCGGCCCGCCCCCACCGUGCGCCCGGGCCCCGCCCUGUCGCUGUCGCCCGCGCUGAGCAGGCAGCCGCCGGGGGGGAGGGGCGCCGAGCUGAAGCCCGCUCACACCGCCGCACCCAGCCCGCUGGGGGGCGGAGCCAGCAGCCCCGUGACCACCGAGGAGGCGGGGUUAAAGAGCGGGGCGUCGCCCGGCGCCAGGACCACUCCCUUCCCGCCGGGGCUGCAGAGCAAGCUGCCCUGCGCCUUCUCCACCCCCGGCAGCGCCUUCACCUCCGUCAGCAAGGACUGCUUCCUGAAGCCCGCCGCCCCCUCUGCCACAGGCCACGCCCCCUCGGCACUGAGCUCCACCCCCUCUCCCUCGAGCACCGCCCCCUCGGCCCUGAGCACCUCCCCCUUGGCCCUGAGCCACGCCCCCUCAGCCCCCAGCUCCGCCCCCUCUGGCGACUGGAAGACCCCCAAGCUCCCGGAGCUCAGGGGGAAGUCCGUUGCCAUGGCGACGGGCGAGGACAAGGCCCCCAAACCCGGCCCUGCGGCCCCGCCCACGGACACGCCCACCGCGUCAGGGACCAGCAAGGAGAAGAAGGAGGCCGACAACAGGAGGCAGGCGCUGAGCGUGGCGGCUUCUCCCGCCGUGGACAAGGUGGUGUCCCAGCUGGCCACGGUGGCCAAGAGCGUGCUGGGCCCGGUCAAACUCAGCAUCCCCGGCGCCAAGGAGACCUUCGACAGGCUGGAAAAGAGCAGGGAGCAGGACAAGCUGGUCGCCCCGGCGACAGGCCCCACCCCUCCCCUGGCCACGCCCCCCAGGCAGCCCAGCCCUCAGUCGCCGCGUCUGAUGGAGUCGCCCCCCAGACACUCCCCCCCCUCCAAAGCUGAGCCGCCGGCCCCCCCGCUCCGAGCCCCGGACCCCGCUGCGGACAGGAAGAGGCCGACGCCCGCCAGAGACUGCGCCCCGGUCGCCGUGGAGCCCGCCGAGAGGGCGGGGCCUCCGCGCGGCUGCCCGAGGCAGGGGGCGGGGCCCGCCGUGGCGGCCGAGCCGAAGAGACCGGAGCCUCAGGCCCCUCCCAAAACCGCGGCCGCGCCCCAGGACAGUGUCUGCAAGAAAACGUAGCACCGCCCCCCCCCCCCCUGCCCCACACAGACUGCUGGCUCCAGAUUUUAAUUAAGGAAUGCAUGUUGGAGUAACAGAACAACAUAGACUUCGCAGUUCACUCAUCUGAGGUAUUAGCUGUUACAAAAAAAAAAAAAAAAAAAACCAAGAGAAACCCAACUGUUGCAUUCUGGAUCGUCCGUGUUUUAUGUUUCAUAUCCUAAUUAUUAUAUCUGGGCUCUGUUACUGUUUUUUGGGUCAUCAGUUGCUGUUCUUGUGACGUCAGAGUUUCUCUCUGCAAAGAGACGGGGGCUAGAAAUAAAGUGCUUGGCUUCGCCGGUCCGGUCCGCGACCCCGCUAACGACCUUCGCUAACUCUCUGUCGCGGCUCUCCGCCCUGAGGGCGAUGUCCCAGACCGCUCGUGUGUCUAGCUAAUAGAACUGGUCGUGCCUUAACGAAGACGAUAUUUCACACUCAUCUGCAUGAGAGCAACUUCUGUGGGGGGGAAAAAAAAAAGGAUGUAUCUCAGCAAUAAGUAGCGUAUGCUUAGCAAUUUGUAAAAACACAUCGAGUUUAUGAGGAACUUGCGUUGCCGCUGUUCCAUCCGCACCGAGCGACGUGGUUACUUAUUUACAGUCCUGCCUCACGCUGUCCCGUACGCCCUCUCAUCGCGUUCACCGGCAGUUCAGACGGAGUAGAACAGAGCUUAGAUUCGAAAGUGGCGGAAGAAGCAAGUAGAUUAUUACAGGAGUUUCAGUGUGUGCAGUGCUUCAUGUUCGAAUGUCCCCAAAACACUUUAAUGUUCUGAAUCCAUUCCCUCUCGUACCCCAGUCAGAAUUUACCGUAUGUGGGUUUUAACUGAUAUUGCGUUAGAAGGGUAGCCUAGCUGUGUCUGUUCUCACACUUUCAGUGACCUCUGUAGUGCUUUUUGCUGAAAUUGUCAACCAAAAAAAAAAAACGGUCGAAAUUGUUUUGCGUCUCGUAUCCGAGCGUGUUGUCGAGCGCCGGUAAGGGGAGGCGUCUCCAGGACAAAAUGGCCGCCGCGGCGGAGAGUGCGCGACGAUGGCUCUGUUAGCCUGCGUGUCGCGGCGCGCGGAGCCCAUUACCGUAGCAACGGUGACCCCGUGACCCCGCAGCCUAUAGGGGGGGUCUCCCCGCUCCCUACUCAAUUAGCCCCCGGAUCACAGUCUGCAGCCCGGCCGUCACUCCCGGUUCACACUCACUCACUCACUCACUGACACAUGCACUCAGUCGCUCGCUCGCUCGCUCACUCUCUCACUCUCUCACUCUCUCGCUCGCUCACUCUCUCACUCUCUCACUCUGGUGCAGAGCAGCAGGGAGGGCGGGCCGGGGCACAGAGUGAGGUGUGAAUCCGGACAGACGGGCUGCCGCACUGAAUCAUGGUCCGCCCGCCCGCUGCAGGCGAACGGCGCUGAGCGCUGACUUAGGGAGCGCAGAAGAGAACCCUCGUCUUUAUUUCUAGCCCCCGCUUUUUAUCGCCCUCCUUUUUUCCCCCCGACAUUUUGCUGUUCUUUUAUAUCUGGACCAACUUGCUGUGUUCUUUUUUGUGAUUGGUUCUUAUUUUGUAUGGUUAGCGAACUUUAAACAUGUGUAUAUACGUGUGUGCUGGUGAAUGAGUGGAUGUGUCUGUACUAUACGUGUGUGCAUACACAAUGCACACACACACACACACACACACAUACACACGCGAUCUGUUCUUUGUGCUUUUUACUCCACUGUGUUCAGAGUGUGUGUAGCAGGAUAGCUCCUGGCACUAAACCAGUGGCUUGCAGCCCUCUUUAAACGCCAGCGUUGAAAGGCCUCCAGGUUUUUUGCACAUAUCUUUUUAAUUUUUUAGUUUUUUUUUUUUAAUAAAUGAAAGAGAGGCCAGUGAGACCCUUGGCCCUUGGUUGAGGUACAGAUGUUUGCCAUUGCUGAACACCACUAUUAUUAUUUUCUGCACCUAUUUUUUUAGCUGAUGCCCUGUCAGACUGAACACAGGACACCAGUCAGCUGACUGGAUCUGUGUGCCUGUGGGUGGGGCCAGCCACCAAAGUGGGUGUGACCAGUGUCCUUGUGGGCGUGGCCUGCAUAUCCCCUCUGGGCGGGGCCAGCAUAUCCCCUGUGGGCGUGGCCAGUGCCUCUGUGGGUGGGGCCAGUGCCCCUGUGGGUGUGGCCCGCAUACAAGGCCGGACGCAGAGAAGCCUGACUGGCUGGCCGUAAGAGUGGGCGGAGCUAAAGAGCUCCUCGGUGAGGCGGGCGGGUCCAGGGCCCUGCUGAUGGCCGCUUACAGGGAGGAGGAGGUCACAAAGAGCCGAAACGGGCACCGGUGAAGGGUGGAGUCGUGCGCUUUCUGCCCCGCCCCUCCCCUGUAUCCAGGGCCUUCUCCAGCCUGUAGUCCUGCGGUGUUUUGUAGCCCCGCCCCACUCCCUACACUCACAGAGCUUCAGCCGCUGCUACAGCAGAGCCUAGUCUUCCGGUCCUCAGCUUCUUCACCAGUCCGUCACCCUGUCCACAUUUCAGCCGAACUACAUUAGCAAUGAAAUGAGCAGUAUUUACUAUGAAUUGUUGCACAGUUACAGUUGCAUUCCAGUUUAGUUGCGCUACGCGUGUUGCAUCCAGCAUUUCAGUGACUCGUACCUCUUGUUCACUAUAUUUUAGAGGGCAUUGCUGUUGUAUUGAUAGGUAUGGGUGAAAUCGAUUGAAUUUGGGCUCAUUGCUAUACUGCACACGGCAUAAAUAGGAAUAUAAGCUUGCUUAGAUUUGGCCUCUUGAGUAAAAACUCCUUUAAAUACUUGAAAUAAAUAUCCAGUGGGAAAAAAAAUGCAUGGACUCGGCAAAUUGACAUGGAAAAUUUGAACACGAGAGAGACUUGCUUCACUGGCAGAAACUCUUCUCAGUCAGUUUGAUGAAUAUAGAAUCUGCAGUAAGUCUAUUUGCCGGGGCUGAUAACCAGCUGUCCCUCAUUGUCUGGUAAAGACUCAUAUUAAAUUUGUGUUGUGUGUGGAUGUGUAUGGUUUUCUUUUACCUGGGGACAUUUUGAGAGGUCAGCUGAGGGAAAGGAUCAUUAUUGUGUUUUUAAAAGUGUGGUUCUGCUCCCUCCCCAAGUCCAGCAGGCAUCUGAUAUAAGUUUGGCUUUGUCACUGUGCUGGUCCACUCUCCAAACGCACGUCCGUCGGUAUAAUGUCCAGUGUCCUGAAAACGAGUCGGUCAGUGACCCACGCUUUCCCUCUCCAGAAGACCAAAGCUCUGUAACGACUGUGUCCCCCCCCCGCCCCCCCCC